AUGCUUGGGACUGGCAAUGUGCGCUUCAUGAAACUCUUACUGUCACGCCACGCCGAUUGGCGGUUAAAGGAUCUGGAAGAAAUGACCCCAUUACACCUGGCAACCCGACACUCGAGCUCCAAACCUCUGUCUCUGCUCCUCAAGCACAUGGCACCUGGUGAGGUGGACACACAGGACAGGAAUAAGCAGACAGCGCUGCACUGGAGUGCCUUCUACAAUCACCCCGAGCAUGUUAAGCUGCUGAUCAAGCACGAUUCAAACAUCGGGAUCCCAGACAGUGAGGGCAAGAUCCCUUUACACUGGGCGGCACAUAACAAACACCCCAAUGCUACACGUACAGUACGUUGUAUCCUGGAAGCUGCUCCCACCGAGUCCCUGCUGAACUGGCAGGAUUAUGAGGGACGCACACCUCUGCACUUUGCAGUGGCUGAUGGGAAUGAGGCGGUGGUUGAAGUGCUGACAUCAUACGAGGGCUGCAGUGUGACAGCUUAUGACAACCUGUUCAGGACGCCACUGCACUGGGCGGCACUGCUGGGUCAUGCAAAGAUUGUACACCUUCUGUUGGAGAGGAACAAGUCUGGGAUGAUCCCAUCAGACAGUCAGGGAGCAACACCUCUGCACUAUGGAGCUCAGAGCAACUAUGCUCCCCGACCAAGUAUUGAGUGCAUAAAUGAACAUAGGCUACUUUAAAGAACUUGAACUUUUCUGUUUUGCAAAAAAAAAUUUUUGAUUGAUCUUAGGAAAUAUUCUAAUAUUUUGAAUGCGGCUGCGCUCUCAGGGCAUGUGUCUACUGCACAGUUGUUGCUAGAGCAGGGAGCCAUGGUGGACCCGCUGGAUGUAAUGAAACACACGCCUCUGUUCCGUGCCUGUGAGAUGGGCCAUCGAGAUGUCAUUCUAACACUCAUCAAAGGAGGGGCACGUGUUGAUCUGGUAGACAUAGACGGUCACUCUGCUCUGCAUUGGGCGGCUCUGGGCGGUAAUGCGGAGGUGUGCGAGGUGCUAAUGGAGAACGGGAUCAGUCCUAACCUGCAGGACCACGCAGGACGGACUCCCCUCCAGUGUGCGGCAUAUUCUGGCUACAUCAACUGCAUGGCCUUGCUCAUUCAGCAUGAUGCAGACCCCAAUAUUCAGGACAAGGAGGGGAGAACCGCACUUCAUUGGUCCUGUAAUAACGGUUAUCUGGAUGCUGUGAAGCUGCUUCUGGGAUGUGGGGCCUUUCCCAACCAUAUGGAGCACACUGAGGAGAGGUACACUCCUCUAGACUAUGCCCUGCUGGGAGAGCAUCAAGAACUGACCCAGUUUCUAUUGGAGCAUGGAGCUCUGUCCAUCGCUGCCAUCCAAGACAUCGCCGCCUCGUCCAUCCAGGCUCUUUACAAGGGCUACAAGGUCCGACGGGCCUUCAGAGAACGCAAGAAGCUCCUCAUGAGGCACGAACAACUACGCAAGGAUGCUGCAAAGAAGAGGGAAGAGGAGCGCAGACGUGAGGUGGAGCAGCAGCUCUCAUUGGCUGAGGCAGAUCAGAAGCAGCUCGUCUCAUUGGCUGCAGCUAGAGUAGAAAAACUGUCACUGGAUGAAACAGAGCAGAGUGUUAAAGAUCCAGUGGUGGCGAAAGGACACAAACACAAAAAGUCCCCCAGCGCUCAUAACGUCCAAUCACAGAGCAGGAGAGAGAAAAAACAUAGAACUGAGCGCAGAACGAGAGAAGCUGAAACACCAGAGGCUUCUCUCCCCCCAGCAGCCUCUGGUCUCACAGUGACCCCCCGGAGGACCAGGAAAUGUUCAGGCACUGUAGAGGAGUUGUGUGUGACGGAAACUUGCGGUCCAGACACAUCCAUAUCUGUGGAAUGUGGGUCCACAUAUGAGCGCCGAUCCCCCGCUGGGUCCAGUCGACCAGGCAGUGCCAAACCAGUCAACGCAGGGGCCCAUGUAACACCAGGCCACAUGGAAACCACCACAACACCCAAAUCAGCAAUACAUAACAGACCAAGUACUACAGGGACCCACUCAAAACAAGUGGCUACACCACGAUCCACAGAGAUACAGACAGACAGCAUUUGUAGAUCAGCGUCCAAAGGGAACAAGCCAGCUUCACAGCAUAAAUCUACAGGAACUCAGCCAUCAAACAUCUCCAACUCCACCUCUGUCACACGACAAAAAGAGAGACGGGCAGAAAGAGAGAUGCACAGAGAUAAGGAUAACAGAUCAAGGAGUGAGGGGGAUAAAGAGGCUGGCAGAGAGAAACAGAAAUAUACAGGGAAGGAAAGAGAUAAAGAGAGAUGGAUGGACAGAACAAGAAAAAAACAAGUUGACAAAGAGAAAGAAAAGAAGAGAGGCAGCAUCCAUAGCAAAAACCAGGCGGCCAUUGUGAUACAGAGAGCAUGGAGGAGGUCUUGUAUUCGGGGUCGUCUUCGUAAGGUACUGUGCAAGACUGGGAAAGGGGCGGAGUCUGCUGAAGUCACAGGCCUGUUGAUUCAACUGGUGUGGGAGUGGCCUAUCUCUAAUGACCACACCCACCAUAAAACUUCUGACGUUCAAGCUCCUCCCACCAGGAAUGUAGGGAAAAAGAGUUCUGUGCUGCAAAAUAUAUAUGGCGGCGCCCCUUCCAAAAGAGGGCAGUCUUUGCGGGCCGCAGUGCUUAAACCGCAGAGCCAAAGUCAAGCGCUGUUGGAUCUGUCACUUAAAACAAACAAACAGUUGAGCGCCGUCGAGUGUGUGAGCCUGGUGGAUUCUUUAAGUCAGGCGAAGCAAUACUCUUACCAUCUACGGCCGUCCAGUGCUGGCAGUCAAAGCGGUCAGAACAGAACUGAGACACAAACAUGCUUGGAUUUCUAGGAAUUAAAUAUUUGGGGUGAUGCACUUAAAUUCAUUUGCUGUUUAUUUAAACUAUUGCAUAAGGUACAGUCAACUCUUGGUCCGUAUCAUUAAGUUUACAUAUUAAAUCUGCAGUAUCACCUUACUUUUUGCAGAGGUUAGAGGUUAAAACCACAAACACAACAAAUGUAUUAGAUAAACUUUCAUUCUGUCAACAACAGGUCAUAUACCUGUCAUAAGGGACUUACAUAACAAGACCACCUGCAUGGGAGACCACUGUGUUAAUACGCUACAGUCAAGACGUCACAAGGCAGUUUUCAGCCUAUUUCUGAUAUUGUCGCAGAUCUUGACAUUCUAUUCUUAUACUCUAUCGCCACACCCGUUUACUGAGUGGGUUGGAUUACACAUUUUUUAUCUAUCACUAUAAAUCAGUGUACACUUUUUAUUAUUAAUGUAUUAUUUUGAAAUAUAUUGUUUUGUAAAAGUGAAGAUAGCAGUGUUUGUAUGUUAAAAAGGAAAGAUUUUGCUGCCAAUCUUGCAGGUCACGUUACUGCACAGACUUUGUCUUCUAUUCUGAAAGAGUAAUCAUUUUUUAAACUGGUGAAACAUACACUAACAUUUAAAAGAUUGGG